AUGGCUCUUAAUGGUACUGCUUCUGUCACAGUGAGAUCAGCCGGUGGUGAUGGAGAUGCAUUGUGUGUCACUGAAGAGGAGCUAGCUGUUGAAGACGAGGACAUGCCAUCCUUCCCCUGCAUCCAGGAGGGCCAGCCUGGGCCCCACUGCAGCCGCUGCCAGAAGAACCUGUCCCUACACACAUCUGUGCGGAUUCUUUACCUCUUCCUGGCCCUUCUCCUAGUGGCCGUGGCUGUGCUGGCUUCGCUGGUCUUCAAAAAGGUGGACUCUCUCUCAGAAGACAUCUCCUUGGCCCAAUCCAUUUAUGACAAGAAGCUUGUGUCAAUGCAAGAGAACCUCCAGGGGCUGGAUCCAAAAGCCCUCAACAACUGCUCCUUCUGCCAUGAGGCUGGGCAGCUGGGCAAAGAAAUCAGAAAACUGCAGGAGGAGCUGGAGGGACUGCAGAAGAUGCUUCUGGCCCAGGAGGUCCAGCUGGACCAGACCUCACAGGCCCAGGAACUGCUGUCCAGCACCAGCAGUCAGAUCUCCCAGGAGAUGGGCAGCUGCUCCUUCUCCAUCCACCAGGUCAACCAGUCUCUGGGGCUCUUCCUGGCACAGGUGAGGGGCUGGCAGGCCACCACCAUGGGCCUGGACCUCUCUCUGAAGGACCUCACCCAGGACUGCUACGACGUUAAAGCCGCUGUGAACCAGAUCAACUUCACUGUGGGGCAGACCUCCGAGUGGAUCCAUGGCAUCCAGCGGAAGACAGAUGAGGAGACCCUGACGCUGCAGAAGAUCGUCACUGACUGGCAGAACUACACCCGGCUUUUUAGUGGCCUCCGUGCCACCUCAGCCAAGACCGGAGAGGUGGUUAAGAACAUCCAAGCCACACUGGGGGCCUCCUCACAGCGCAUCAGCCAGAAUUCCGAGAGUAUGCAUGACCUGGUUCUUCAGGUCAUGGGCUUGCAGCUGCAACUGGAUAACAUCUCCUCCUUCCUGGAUGACCAUGAGGAAAAUAUGCACGACCUCCAGUACCACACCCGCUACGCCCAAAACCGCACAAUAGAGAGGUUCGAGUCCCUGGAAGGCCGCAUGGCUUCUCAUGAGAUAGAAAUCGGCACCAUCUUCACCAACAUCAAUGCCACGGACAGCCAUGUGCACAGCAUGCUCAAGUACCUGGAUGACGUGCGGCUGUCCUGCACACUGGGCUUCCAUACCCACGCUGAGGAGCUUUACUACUUGAACAAGUCUGUCUCCCUCAUGCUGGGCACCACAGACCUGCUCCAGGAGCGCUUCAGCCUGCUCAGUGCCCGGCUAGACUUCAGUGUCCGCAACCUCUCCAUGAUUGUGGAAGAGAUGAAGGCCGUGGACACAAAGCAUGGAGAGAUCCUUCACAAUGUCACCAUCGUACGAGGUGCCCCCGGCCCUCCAGGAGCCAGAGGACUCAAAGGAGACAUAGGCACAAAAGGGCCUGCUGGCAGCAGAGGACCUAAAGGAGACCCCGGCAGCUUGGGCCCACCAGGCCCCCAGGGUCCCCAGGGGCAGCCAGGGGAGGCAGGAGCUGCAGGAGAGAGGGGACCCAUUGGUCCUCGGGGUUUUCCUGGCCUCAAGGGCUCCAAGGGCAGCUUCGGGACUGGAGGGCCAAGGGGACAGCCAGGUCCCAAAGGAGAUGUGGGGCCACCAGGACCAGAGGGACCCCCAGGUUCUCCAGGACCUUCAGGGCCUCAAGGAAAACCAGGAAUUGCAGGGAAGACAGGCUCACCAGGCCAGCGGGGCGCCAUGGGGCCGAAGGGUGAGCCAGGGAUCCAGGGUCCUCCCGGCCUUCCUGGGCCCCCUGGCCCUCCAGGUAGCCUGAGCCCCUACUAAGGAGGGC